AUGAGUCAUAAACAAGAAUUUUCAUAAACUCUUUGGGAUUAAUUCAAAUUAUCAAUAUUUAAGUAAAAUCAUUACAUGUAAGCUUAGUGUCGCUUAUUAAAUUGUAGGCCAAAACACCCAAUCUUUAUAAACCACAAUUUUAUUAUCUCUCAUUUAGUUUAUUCAGCUUAUAUAUUUACCCUUUUAAAUAUAACUUUAAUCGGCAUGGCAUAAUGUGGUUUUAUCAGGCGAAAUCCAACAGUUUCUGCAGUAUUUUACAGUAUUAAGAAUGUUAAACCAACAAAAAUCUUCGACUUACUUGCUUGGUUUGUAUAUUGCUAUUAGCGUGGUCCUAUUAAUUGCAGUGAUUGUAAUAUUGGCUUCCAUUCUCAAAUAACUAAUUAAUAACCAACUUUUGAGGGUGAUCCUAAGCAUAGCGAUGAAAUUGUUCAUGACGGCUGGAUUUGUUGAAAUCUUGAGAUUACAUUUAGGAGUAUUAUUCAUAUAUAUUUAUAAAUUUAGUUUUUAGUUUGUAAGCGAGAUAGCAAUGGUAACUUAAAAAUGUUGUACACAACAGACUAGGAAUGUUGGACAAGUGGUUACAUAAUGCAUGUUUGCGUCGUGAUAUUUUCAAUAACAAUCAUGUUCCUCAUAGUAGUAAUUGGAUCAAAACUCUUUAUUGAGAUUAGAAAUAAUAGAAAGAAUGCCUUUUCACAAAGAGAAGCAUAAACAUACACAUUCAUGUUUGUGCAUGCGUCACUCUCGAUGUUAAUAUAUUGUUUGCUAGAAUAACCAAAAUACUCUUUAGUUGUGAUUCUGAUCUAAGUUCUAACAAGUUUCUUAUUCUUUUACAAAAUUCGUUUAAAAAGACCAUUCUACAACAAGGUUGUUUAAAAACUCUGGUCUGCAAUUAGUGGCCUAGUUUUCUAUACUAAUUUUAUGCUAUUAACUGCAUUUACAUUUGAGCAUUUGAUCUUAAUAGGCACCAUUAAGGGUUGGUUGAUGACAGCUCCUAUGCUUUUGGUGAUUCUACUGCAAGAAUAAAGAUAAAAUAUCAAUCUGCUAUAGGCUAACUUGAUUCAAUAGCUCUCAAGUUAAGAAAUAAUAAGGCUAUCGGAAUUUUUGAUAGAACUAUGUGAGAGUUUUGAAAAGGAUUAAAAUUAGGAAAUUCUAAUGUUAGGAUUUUUGGAAGUCCACAAACAAACUUGUUUGAAUCCUUAAUGUGCAAUUAAGACAUCAUUUGAAUUGUCUAAGAAGUUUAAGGAUAACAGUAAAUAUACAGAUUAAAGAAUGAUUCUCAAAGAGAUUAUUGAUUAAACCUAUUAGGUUGCCCUCUAGAUUUACCCUCAAAGCAUUGAUAUAAGGCUCCACUAUUCCUCUUACUUAUUAGACACUUUGGAAUAAGGGUAGAAGGCAUUAAUUUAAUUGGAUAAAGCAGAAGCUUGUUGUCCGUCUUUUGGAUAACAAUAUUUGAUAUUCAAGAUGAGGAAAACUAUUGAUCAAUCCUAUCUAAAAUCUUCAAUAGCAGCAAAAGAAGUUACUUACAUUUAAACAAUAGACAGAAGCAUGAAAUAUUAGUAUCAAUAAAUUAAAUAGUUAACUGAAGAAUGCGCCUAUCGUAAAAUCUCAUUUUGGAAUACAUUACUGGAUGAAAAUCCAAAUUUAGCAAUGCUACUAAAAUAUGGUACUUAAAUUCUUUAAUCGAUUCAUUUAUUGAACAAAUAAUUGUUUAAGUUCCAAAGAAGUAAUCCUUAAGAUGCAUCAAUAUUUAAACUAUUAGAGAAAUUCAAUAGGCAUGUUCAUUAAUUAGAAUCCUUUAAAGUCGUACAAAAAGCAAAUAAAAAGAAAUUAAUCUAACAAUAGUCUGAACGUUAAUUUUUGAAAAAUCAAGAUGAAUUAAGCUAGUAUUCAUAUCCAGUUGUAGUUUUGGAAUUAUUUGGUAAGGCCAAUCAACCAUCAAUAAUAAGAAAUGUGAAUUAAGCUUUCCACUCGUUAUUAGGGUAUUCUAAGACUGAUGUCAUUGGCAAACCUAUAUCACAGAUUUUGUAAGACAAGUAAUUAAAUUAUAAGUAACUUAGAUACUGUAAAUUACACAGCGUUUUUGUUGAAGAUUACUUUUCUUAAUUAAGAUCAGAUCAAGUUUAUGAAACGUAAGAAAGAUCAUAAUUUUUGGUGUCUAGAACUAAUUAUAUUAUUUAGACUUUCAGCACUAACUCAGUUUACAUGUCUGAUAAAGGGAUUUUUUAAUUUUGCAGACUGAGAUAAGAUUAGUGUUACAAUAGUUGUGCAUUCUUAAUUUUUAAUCUUGAUGGCAAAAUAGAGAGCAUUUCAGCAUCCUGCAUCUCUAUUCUUAAUUUAGACUUACGACAGUUGUAAAUUCGACAACUAACAAUAUAAAAACUAUUCCCAAUUCUUAUGGAUAACAUGGAUGAUUAUCUAAAUAAGAUGAAUGUGAUUGUUUUUGAAAAUUCUAUAACUUCUCUAACUAAAAGUUCUGAUUUUGAUGAAAAGUAAAAUGAUUAGAUUACUCCUUCAAUAUAUUAUGGAUAAUUAUAUGAAAUAUCUGCUAAAAAUUAUUAAUUUACUUAAUAGGAUUUGAGACAAUAGAUCUAUGGAUAUUAUUUAAAAGUUUAAAUAAAUGAACCAUUAGCACCCAAGGAAAAAUAUCUUAUCAAGAAGAAUAUCCUUACUCAUUAAUUUAAAUAUUCUAUUGAAUAAAACUCAUAUAUCUGUAUUUUCUAUUAUCUUUAUUAUUUUAGUUGAACAUUUAGGUUAAUAAACAUCCAAAUAUGAAUCUAUCAAAAAUGAUAGUGAAGUCUAAGAUGAACCAAAGGUUUGUGUAUUCACUCAAUAAAGUUUUCAAAAUAGAAAAUAAGCUUCUGUGACUAUUGUAACAUAAUAAGGAUUAGGACAUGAUAUCAGGACUUUAAGAUUGUUUCAAGGAGAAAUUAAGGAGAUAAUUGAUCUAGAUUAAGAUGAUGAAGACGAGGAAUAAAUAAGAGAAUAAACUUAAAAAUUAGAAAUUUAAGAAUAAAAAGAACAGUCUUAAUAAAUCAAAAUAUCAAAUCAGCAAGAGUUAAUCAUUCGUCUCUUGAAUGUCCCUUACUCUCCAAUUCUCAAGAAACUCAUCUUAGUUCUAAAUACUUUGAUGAUUGUAAUGUUUGUUAUUGCUAUUGCGAUGUACUUGAUAAUAAAUCAGACUCAAAGUGAAUUUUAGGCUGCAAUCACUCUUUUAACAGCCUCUAAUUAAAGAUUUGCAUCUAUACUAAAGAUUUAAUCAAAUCUUUAGGAUUUAAGAGGCUCCUAUUUAAAUCUUGAGCAAUAUACUAUGAAAGCCACAAACGGUAGGUUUGCAGAAAUAAAUUUUGUUGAGCUUAGUAAUGAAUUAGAUAUUUUAUUAGCAAAUGAUUACAUUUUAACAUCAGCCAAUAUUCUGAUAAAUGAAAAAUAUUAACCUAUUUUAGAUUAGUUUUAAUCAGCUUUUGUAUAGAUGGCUACAACUGAUAAUUAAUAUCACAAUUUUACUUACCCAUAGGCUAUUUAAUAAAUGAUAGCAAAGGCCAUCACAUUAAAUGGCUCAGCAUUGUCAAGUUUUGUCGAUGAUAAUGAAGACUUUCAUUAUUAUCUGCACAAUACACUUAACUCAUUGCCAAAGUCUCAAUUAGUUUCAUAAGCUUAUUACUAUUCAAAUAUUCUAAGUUUAAUUGAUAAUCUUUAUUUUGAAGAAAUCUCCUUUUUUUCUAUUUAGUUAUGUUGUCUAACAUUGAUUUUAUUGUUUUUUUAAUUAUACCUAUAUUUUCAUCAAAAAGAGCUUAAGGAGAUUAUUUCUUUGUAUUUAAUGAUCAGAGAAGAAUAAGUUAAAAAGAUUGUAAAUCAAUUUUAAACUUUUAUAUAAUUGUUAUAAAUGAAUGAAAAUGAUGAUGUAUUGAAUUUGUUAAUUAAAUAGAUUGAAUCGAUUGAAGAAGAACCUGAAGCUUAAGAUGAGUAAGAAUUCUAUUUAGGAUAAUCAAAUAGAAAUAAAAAAAAGAAAUCAGUUUUUGAAAUUAACAAUUACAAAAGAGUACAAUUUAUCUCCUUGUCAUUUUUGAUUCUACUGUAUUCUUUUUUUUCUUACCUAUACUUUUCAGCGACUGUAAAAUCUUUAAUCUAUAAAUUAGAUAAUUACUGAUUAAACGAACUCUUUAGUACCUUUGGUUAACUUAACAUCCUAUCUGCCUAUACAAUAUAGGUUGAUAGACAAUAGUAUUAAAGAGAUGCUUUAUGAUGAAAAUGCAGUCUUAUUUGAUGAGCUUAAUUCAAUAACUAAAUUACAAGCGGAAUUGGAAGGGGUCAAAAAUUUGGAUGCUCAACUUCAUGUGUUGAAUUAAGAAAAUGAAUAGAUUCUAUCAGAUCAAUAUAAAUAGAUAUUCAAUGAAAUUUACAUCCAAAACCCAUGCGAUAUCAUAUUGGCGUAUGAUCCAUCAGUGAAUUCAUCUGCAUGUUUGUCAUUCAACAAAAACAUUUUGUAAGAAGGAUUAUCAAUCGCAAUAACAAAUUUCUUUGAAAAUGCUGAAAACAUAUUGCAAUAAUAUUCUUAUUAUGAUAAAAAUGCUGUAUAUAAUAAUUUAACCUUUAAUAUCAGCACAAAUCAUAGAAGAAAUUACACUCUUAAUAUUUUUAACACAAGAAUUGGUAAUGCAAAUAGAAAAAUGCAAAAGGUAUUUAUCCGAAUAUGCCACAUGUAAUUAUCAAAUGAAUUGGAAAGUUAUUUAAGUUAGCAUUAUUCCAAUUUGGAACUAUAAUUCACUCUGCUUUUCAUGAUUUUUUGUGUGAUAUCAAUUCUAGUAUAUUUUGUGAGUUGGAUUCCACUGCAAACUAAAUUCUAUUAUGAAACUAGAAGGGCCAGAGAAAUAUAAUCACUUAUUCCGUUGGAUCUUUAUAAUACUUGUUAAUCCUUGCAAGUAUAUCUUCGAUGGAUUAAAGAAAAUUGA